AUGGGAUCUGAAUCCGCCGAGAAUGUUGUGGAGAGGCCCAACGAUUGGGUGUUAAAAUCUCCAGUCGAUGACUGCAUGGUUCUUGAGCCGUUUGCCGUUUUCUCAGGUCCUGUUGAUAUGGAUUCAUCAUCUCUUAUCAUUCUCAAUACUCCGCUCGACGACAUUGAUAUCCGCCAUCUAUGGGAGAAAACUUCACUCCACGUUUGUGCAGAUGGGGCGGCGAACAGGAUAUAUGAAUAUUUUUCGGACAAAGAAAGAUCGGACUAUAUCCCUCAAUUUAUCACAGGUGACUGUGAUUCGCUCACUACUCAGGUGAGAGAGUACUAUGAACAACAUGGCACUCGUGUGAUUCCACAAUAUUCGCAAUAUUCCACUGAUUUCAUGAAAUCGGUGAAAUUGGUAUCCAUUUACCAUACUAAUGGGAGAAAACAAUUACGAGAGGAAGUUGAGGAAGUAGAUGGAUUGACCCAAUUGAUGAAGGAAUUUCCAGACCCACGACCCACCAACAUAUAUGUAGCUGGAGGCAUCGAUGGUCGUUUUGACCAGACUUUUCAACUGAUCAAUCAGCUUUACACCAUGAAGGUUGAUUUUCCUAAAUUGAAAGUCUUCUUCAUCACAGCUCAGGACUGUAUCUUUUUGGUACCGGAGGGAAGGAAUUUGAUCAAGUACCCUAGCCGUCUGGCUUUUAAUUCUCAGGAAUCUAUGCCUUCGUGUGGACUCUUACCUUUUGGAGGGCGGGUGACCCUCAAUACAGAAGGUUUACAAUAUGAUGUCACCAAUUGGACAAGUUUCGUUGGUGGCCCAGUGUCUUCUAAUAACCGUGUUGUGGGGAUCAAUGGUUUCAUAGUCCAGACGUCUGGUGACAUUAUUAUGAAUGUGGAAGUGACACAUAAAAGACGCAAGCUACUUUAG